ACGUGGUUCGACUUUUGUGCACUAUAUAUGUCUACGCUUGCCAAGUAUCUACCACUAUCUGGCUCUCUCUUCUUCAACACCAUUUUCAAUUUUUUAUAUUUCCUCCAAGAAUUCAAAGUAACUUGUUACUUUAAUUUAAUUGUUUGAAUACAAGAAGAAAGAGCUAUAGCUAGCUACCUGUUUACUGCACAGAAACUGUGAAAAGAGAUGGAAAGUGGAGGAUUCCAUGGCUACCGCCAGCUUCCCAACACUACUACUUCUGGCCUGAAAUUAACAGAGAUGAACAUGAGGCUACCUGAGAUGAACCAAACAAAUAACAACAGUAACCACAUUUCUUCUUCUGAUGACAACGAGUGCACAGUGAGGGAACAAGACCGCUUCAUGCCAAUAGCUAACGUGAUCAGGAUCAUGCGUAAAAUCCUUCCCCCACACGCCAAAAUCUCAGAUGACGCAAAGGAGACAAUUCAAGAAUGUGUGUCAGAGUACAUCAGCUUCAUAACAGGUGAAGCCAACGAGCGCUGUCAACGUGAGCAACGCAAGACGAUUACAGCUGAGGAUGUGUUGUGGGCAAUGAGCAAGCUGGGGUUUGAUGACUACAUUGAACCCCUGACCAUAUACCUCCAUCGCUACCGUGAAAUGGAAGGGGAGCGAGGGUCUAUAAGAGGAGAGGCACUGGUGAAGAGGGCAGUGGAGUUUAGGACACUGGGAGUAGCAGCUGCAUUUGCACCAGCAGCAGCAUUUCAUAUGGGGCACCACCACCAAGGGUUUUAUGGAGGAGGAGCUGCGGGCAUGGGCAGGUACUUGAAGGACACAAAUGAAAAUGGGAAUACCACUGGUGCAGGUUCAUCACAGGUUGGUGUGGCUAAUGGUGGUAAUAUUGGUGAAGCAUAAGCUCAGUAUAAGCGAGAUAAAUUAUGGUAUGCUAAUUUACCUGCUGAUCAAUGAGAUGAGAGAAGGUAGAGAAGUUGGUGUUUGUGUUCAAGAACUUUGUUAAUUCUGUUGUUAUUUCGAGUGUUUACCUGUUUGACAUUGCCAAAUAUAGCAAAUUAGAACCA